UCCCUCCCUCUCUCUCGCGCUCUCUCCCUCUUUCUCGCUCUCACUGUCUAAUUGGAAUUUGUGAAAAUUACGCACAAUCUUGGGCAAAGAUCAAUUGCAAUUGGCCUGAACAGGAAAGCACUUGAACCCAGGCACGAUAAGAGCUGUUUCUGAUACGAGAUCGACUUUAAAACAAGAUUUUACGACUUGUUUGCUGUCAUAAUAACAAGCUACCGCAGCAGCAGCAGACGACAACGACGACGACGUCGUCAUCGUCAUCAACAUGAUCAUCGUGACGAAGAGCGGCUCCAGAUGCUGACUGGGCCCGGUUCCCGGGUCUGAUCUCUCUCAGCGCGCAGCGGCUCAGCGGCUCAGACAGAUAACCGGCAAAGAAAUUGUUAUAAAAUAUCACGACAUCGUCAGAAUGGAUUUAAACCGAGGCGAACGCUUGAGCCGAGCACAACCAAAAUACGCUAAACUCGUGAAGUGAAUCAUAUUACGUGAAAACAACAAAAACAGCAACAACAACAACAACAUAAACAUUAUCAACAAGUGACAACAAGUGACAACAAAAUGACAACAUUGAGUGUGAGGCUCAGUUUGGGCCUGCUGCUGGCCGUGCUGUGCCAGCUGGCGCCCAGCGCCGGCUAUGCCAUUGGCCAGGCCAAGUUUGGCAAUAUCGAAAAGUUCCCCUACCAAGUGAUGCUCAUCGGCAAACAGCUGUGGCGCAAACGCAUCCUCUGCGGCGGCACAUUGCUGGACAAGCGCUGGGUACUCACAGCUGGGCACUGCACCAUGGGCGUCACACAUUUCGAUGUCUAUCUGGGCACGCGGAGCGUGGACGCCACGGAGCAGCUGGGCGGCCUGGUGUUGCGCUCCAAUAAGUUCAUAGUGCACGAACGCUUCAAUCCCGAGACGGCGGCGAAUGAUAUAGCGCUGGUCAAGCUGCCGCAGGAAGUGACCUUUACGUCGCGUAUACGGCCGGCGGCGCUGCCCGGCAGCAGGCAGCGUCUGGAGCCGUUUACGGGCAGCAGUGUGGUGGCCAGUGGCUGGGGCGCCAUGGUCGAGAUGACCAACUCGGAUGCGAUGCAGUAUACCGAGCUGAAGGUGAUCUCCAAUGCCGAAUGCGCCGAGGAGUACGAUGUGGUCACGGCGGGCGUGCUGUGCGCCAAGGGCCUGAAGGACGAGACCGUCUGCACUGGCGACUCCGGCGGCCCGCUGGUGCUCAAGGGCACGCACACAUUGGUGGGCAUCACCAGCUUCGGGCCCGCCGACGGCGAGGGUGGCGGCGGCUGCGAACGCACCAGCAUUCCCGGCGGAUUCACGCGCGUCACCCACUAUCUGGACUGGAUCGAGAGCAAGAUUGGCAGCCAGGCUCAGGCCCAGGCUCAACGGCAUCCACAGCAUCCGCAGCAGCCGCAGCACGUUUAUCGGGAUGAUAAUCUCAUUUAGAUUGUGUGCUUUGUGAUCUUAACUUUGACUGAAUCGUCUAGCUUUAUAAUUUAUAUUUUGUGAUAUUUUGUAAAUACUCCCCUGCCCCCUGCACCCUCGCCCUCGCCCUCACCCUCACCCUCGCUUAGCUAAUUUCCAAAUUGUGCAUGAAUUUUGUUGUCUUAGUGUAUAACUAUUUAAAUAUCUAUUAUUUAUUCUAAUUGUAA